AAGAUGGCGGCUGUGGUGCUGGCGGCGACGCGGUUGCUGCGGGGCUCGGGUUCUUGGGGCUGUUCGCGGCUGAGGUUUGGACCUCCUGCGUACAGACGGUUUAGUAGUGGGGGUGCCUAUCCCAACAUCCCCCUCUCUUCUCCCUUACCUGGAGUACCCAAGCCUGUUUUUGCUACAGUUGAUGGACAGGAAAAGUUUGAAACCAAAGUAACCACAUUGGAUAAUGGGCUUCGCGUGGCAUCUCAGAAUAAGUUUGGACAGUUUUGUACAGUAGGAAUUCUUAUCAAUUCAGGAUCGAGAUAUGAAGCGAAAUACCUUAGUGGAAUUGCUCACUUUUUGGAAAAAUUGGCAUUUUCGUCUACUGCUCGAUUUGACAGCAAAGAUGAAAUUCUGCUUACGUUGGAAAAGCAUGGGGGUAUCUGUGACUGCCAGACAUCAAGAGACACCACCAUGUAUGCUGUGUCUGCUGAUAGCAAAGGCUUGGACACGGUGGUUGGCUUACUGGCCGAUGUGGUUCUGCAGCCCCGGCUAACAGAUGAAGAAGUCGAGAUGACGCGGAUGGCGGUCCAGUUUGAGCUGGAGGACCUGAACCUGCGGCCUGACCCAGAGCCACUUCUCACCGAGAUGAUUCAUGAAGCGGCUUACAGGGAGAACACAGUUGGCCUCCACCGUUUCUGCCCCACAGAAAACAUAGCAAAGAUCAACCGAGAGGUGCUGCAUUCGUACCUGAGGAACUACUACACUCCCGACCGCAUGGUGCUGGCUGGCGUGGGCGUGGAGCACGAGCAUCUGGUGGACUGUGCCCGGAAGUACCUCCUGGGGGUCCAGCCGGCCUGGGGGAGCGCAGAGGCCGUGGAUAUUGACAGAUCUGUGGCCCAGUACACUGGGGGGAUUGCCAAGCUAGAAAGAGACAUGUCCAAUGUCAGCCUGGGCCCGACCCCCAUCCCCGAGCUCACGCACAUCAUGGUUGGACUGGAGAGCUGCUCCUUCCUGGAGGAGGACUUCAUCCCCUUUGCAGUGUUGAACAUGAUGAUGGGCGGAGGUGGCUCCUUCUCGGCUGGUGGGCCCGGCAAGGGCAUGUUCUCCAGGCUCUACCUCAACGUGCUCAACAGGCACCACUGGAUGUAUAACGCGACCUCCUACCACCACAGCUACGAGGACACUGGCCUCCUUUGCAUCCAUGCCAGUGCCGACCCAAGACAGGUUCGAGAAAUGGUAGAAAUCAUCACAAAGGAGUUUAUUUUAAUGGGCGGAACCGUGGACGCGGUGGAGCUGGAACGAGCCAAGACGCAGCUGACGUCAAUGCUUAUGAUGAACCUGGAAUCCAGGCCUGUGAUCUUCGAGGAUGUGGGGAGGCAGGUGCUGGCCACUCGCUCCAGAAAGCUGCCGCACGAGCUGUGCACGCUCAUCCGCAACGUGAAGCCGGAAGAUGUGAAGAGAGUCGCUUCUAAGAUGCUCCGAGGGAAGCCGGCAGUGGCCGCCCUGGGUGACCUGACUGACCUGCCCACGUAUGAACACAUCCAGACCGCCCUGUCGAGUAAGGACGGGCGCCUGCCCAGGACGUACCGGCUCUUCCGGUAGAACUGCUCCCCGGCCUGACAGACCCAGGAGCUGCAGCUGGAGCCUGUUCCCAUGCGUGUUAGUUUGGACACGAAUUUAGUCUAAAAAGCUGUCUGGUUGUAUAAACGGUGCAAACAAUGUCGCCACAGCACCCACGCGGUUUGCAUUCUUUCGGAACUCAAUGUGCCGAUCAGUGGAGUCAGUAUCGAGCCUGACCACCGCAAGCCAGGAAGCAGGUGAAGUGCCCAGCGCUGGAGUGCAGUGUGCCACGAGGAGGGCGGUCAGUGCUUCCCUCCUCGGGCUGUGGGCACAUGGGGCCCCGCAGGUUCCUUGGAGGAGCCCUGAGCUGGGAGGCAGCAAAGACCGACCUAUCAGAGCCUCCCAGAGGCCACCGUGUUGGGUACCAGGACUCACCUCUGACAAACAGGACAAGGCAAGGGCCCAGUCAGCUCCGAGGAGCGCGGCCACGCGUGUGCACACAGCUUCCCUGGUAAUAAAGAGCUGGCAUCUUUCUUA